UUUUUUUCUAAGAAAUUUUUUUAUUUCCUACUAAAGAUGUAUCGGAAGUCGUCUAAGUUAGAACACUCGGAAAUAAAACAACUUCUUACAGAAGCUAACAUAGAUGUUGCAAAACAUUACGCGACAAACAAAAAAGCACUCGCUGACAUCCUCAAUGACUACAAUGGUGAAAUAACUUAUGAUAGAAUUCAUGAGUUCAUAAAGCCGCAACGCGGCGAGGACGAAGUCCAUGCAAGAGCAUUUCCUUUAAAUGACGUUGCUAUUGACUUAUAUCAUAGACGUUCAAUACCUCAUGAAGUAAGAAGAGAAAUGUUUGACAUAACAAAUGCGAACGUUGGUCAUACUCGUAAAGCUCUUUCGCAUGAUGUUCGUCAAGAAAUGUUUGAACUUACGAACUCAAACGUUGGUGAAACAAGAAGAAGAGACGACACACUGAAACAACAGAGAAGAGAGAUGUUUAAAAGUGCUAUAGAACAAGUUCGCAAAGCUAAUAAUGUCAUUCGUUCCAUUGACGACAAACCAAAAGAAGGUGAGAGAUGGUUAAAGAAAGAUGAAGAGAAUAGGAAGAGAAAUGUGAAGUCAGGCAAUAGACUCAUUGACUUUAACAUCGAAGCUUUAGAUGAACCAAACAGAGACUACUUACACAAACAUUUCGGUAAGGUUUUCAUGAGACUCUUAGAGAAGAUUAAAAUAAACUCCCAACAAAGAUGGAUGGUAUGUUAUAAACUUGGUGGAAAGUAUGAAUGUUCUACGUUAAACCUCAAUAAUAUUGGAACAUUACUACAUCAGCUCUUGAAGGAGAACUUUAUAUCAGAGAUAGAAGCAAAUGCUGCAGGUAUUGUUGAAAUGCACUAUGACUUCUUCUUGACAAACAUAAAGAAUCUUACUGAAAUAAAGAUGUAUGAUUUAACUGAAUAUGAAGGCUUAACGAUGUCAGAUGUUAAGAAAGGAAAGCCACAGAAGCGACCAUAUAGAGAUGAA